AUGUCCUUCGACAGACUUUCCUCCUUAGAGUCACAACCCACCACAACCCGGCGGCAAGAUGAUCCCCAAUACAGAGACGACCCCGAGUUCCAGAGAUUCACAGAAUCACUAUCUACAAAGCUAUUUGAAUUAGUCUCGAAUAUCUCCAAGUUAUCAAACGACAUCGGUCGUCUUGGUACAAAGCGCGAUACCCAAAGAGGAAGAGAGCGGGUUCAUGAUCUACUGGAAGAAACAAGAGAUGGAUUCAAAGAGGUUGGCGAAGGUAUCAAGAGAGCUCAGACCUGGGACAAUCUCAAUCCUGCACAAAGAUAUACAAAUCAAAAACUCUCCCGGGAAUUCGCCUCCGCUCUGUCAGAAUUCCAGGUUGUGCAGAGGCGAGCUGUGGAGAAGGAAAGAGCGUCCAAGGCUGCCCUAGAAGAUGCAUCCUCUGCUCAAUCACCCACAGGAGAAGGGCAACAACAACUUCAAUCUCUGGAGGAGCCAAGACUAGCCCAACAAUCCGAGGUUGACUAUCAGGAGAAUCUGAUCAUUGAACGAGAAGGAGAGAUCCGACAGAUUGAGCAAUCAGUGGGUGAGCUCAAUGAGCUCUUCCGAGAUGUUGCGCACAUCGUUCGUGAGCAGGGCGAUAUGAUAGAUGCCAUUGAUGUGAAUGUGGAAAACACUUUGACAGAUACACGGGGAGCCGAUAUCGAGCUGAGGAGUGCAAGCCGAUAUCAGAAAGCUGCACGAAACAAGGCUUGCUGCCUAUUGCUGAUUCUUGCUAUCGUCUUGUUGAUUAUCAUUCUGGCAGUGGUGCUGGGGUGA